AUGGCCGAGGGUCGCGCCCAGGACGGUAAAGACAGAAGGCGUAAGCUAAGAUCCGAAAUGAUCAACAUUAGAGCAAGUCCUUCACGUGUGCAAGAGUGCCUGGUAGGUUGGACGUUGACGAAGCAGGGGGCGAACCCGGAAACUGAGAGGAUGAAAACGCAAGUGCGCUCGCGAGAGCCAAGAGAGGACGAGAAAAAGAGAGGAGGGCACAAGGCGACCUACAAGAGAAGCCUUAAGAGGAGAGAAUUGGAGAUCCAACGAGAUGCGAAGAUGACGGACGGAGGAGAGGGAGAGGAAAGAGAGAAGAAGAAGGGAAGAGGUGGAGAGAAAGCGAGAGGGAAGGGAAAGCAGCGAAGGAGAGACACAGGAUUGGGAAGUGAGGCUGGAGCGCCGGAGAAGGGAGGCCACCUAGUCCCGACCGGGCAUAGCGCCCCCGGGUUCCCUUUCUUGUCGCCGCUCUUCUUCCAACAAAGAUUAUGGAGAUGGAGAGAUAAACAUAAGUGGAGUAUUUCUCGGUCUAGUCCUAACGAUACGCUGCUAGCAACUGGUGGCAAAAUAGAGGCGCGGGAUGCUCAGUCCCUGCCUUACGAUGAAUACAAAAGCAACUUCUGUCAGCAUCAUCGCACUCGGGAUUCACUAUACCAAUUUCACUCCCCUCUUUUUCAUCCGGGGCAAAGUGAAGACUCGCGGCCUGCUAACUCUGUUCUACUCAAAGCACUCACACCACAGGGACCUGCUCUAAUGUCAAGCCACGAGAACAAGGCAAGCACGACUAGUAACGAGUUCGCCAAGCAUCAAAAGGGGGCAACAGAGAAAGGCAGAGGGAAAGAAGCAUCGGCCGUGUCUCACAAUCGCAUCAACAACAGAAAGAUCCCAGGUCACAUUCAGGCACUACCCCAGUGGCUCCAACAGUCAAUCGAAAUGUUCCAUGAAAAACCACGGGAUGAAGUCCGUCGUGGAAUUCUCCAGUCGAGAACUCUCCAAAUCGAAACGCAUGGCCAGAGAGAAACGACUUUCGGACUAACUGCACUGAACUUCAAGUGUGUUGGGACAAUCCGCGACACGGAACCAAGACAUGCGUGCAUCAUCCACCACCAAGGGAUGCCCGAAGCAAGACGCAAAAGAACGGAUCGGAUCAAAGCGGUGGACUCAGGGACAGGAGAAGAAAGAACACAGUACACCAAAGUUGCCAAUGACAUUGAGUUGCCUGUCGACAGAGACUUUGACGACAAGACAUAUAAAAAGGCUGCCGCCAGCUGUGAGAACCACGACCUUUGGAAAUAA